AUGCGGUUUCUGCUGAAGCUGGCCUUGCUGCUGUACUGUGUCCAGAGGGAGACACGUGGCAAGACUGAAUCUCCCCAGCCAGGGGGCGCCGUAGAGGAGGAAGAUGGCAGAGCAGAUGAGGAGGGAUCAGGUCGGCGUUGGGCGGUGCGGACCCGACGUGGGGCGGAGCCACCGUGUGGCCUGCGCACGCUGCUGCUGCAGGUGCGAGACCUGGGGCUGGGCUACGACUCCGACGAGACGGUGCUCUUCAAGUACUGCAGCGGCGCCUGCCCCUGGGUGCGCUCCAACCACGACCUCACCCUCACCAACCUCCUCCAGCGGGGCGCCCUGCCGCCCCCUCUGCCCGGGGAGGGGUGGUACAACACCCCCUGCUGCCGGCCCACGCACCACGAGGACAUGGCCUUCCUGGACAACACGCACCGCUGGCACAAAGUGGAGAAGCUGUCCGCCGCCGGCUGCAGCUGUGUGGGUUAA